AUGGAGGCGGUGCGUGAGCAGGUCCACGGGGGUGAGGAGGAGGAGGAGGAGGAAGAGGCUGCCGCCAUGCUGUGGUCCAUCCAGGAGGCUGUGGAGAGGCAGACCCCGCAGAUCGGAGUGUCCGCCUGCGGGGCCACGGCGGUGCUGGACGUGCUGAAGGCGCUGGGCGUGCACGUGAGCCCGGAGGAGGCUGACCGCUGCGUCCAAACGCGCCCGAGGAGGAACGAGUCCCCGCUGGCCGACUACCUGCUGUCUCGCAGUGAAGCUGGUGCCACUCAUGCUCAGCUCAUCCAAGGGGCGCGGGAGGCCAGUAAGGGCAGAGUGACGGGUCGCUUCUUCCACCUGCACCCUGCGCGGCGGCUCAGACUGGUUCCCUGGCUGGCGCGCUGGAUCCAAAGGGGCGCCGUCCCCGUGGCCACCAUGAACAUGCAGCAGGCCGUGGCGGAGGGCGAGGAGGUGCCCGACGCCUGGCACCACCAGCUGGUGUUCGGGGUUGCACCCCGUGCGGUUUUUCUGACCAACCCUCUGGAUGUCGAAAGAGAAGAGGUGGUGCACCGGCGACUCUGCAGCCAAUCAGUGCUGCUGAUCCGCCGGGAAGACGUGCUGCAGCGCCUGGGGCCCGGCUGCCCGCUGUCCAGCCUCCCCGUGAGCCAGUCUGACCCCAGGUGGCAGCUCAUGGACGUGGAGGGUCAAGUUAGGCGGAUGGUCCAAGAGGAAAAGCGGGAAUGUGAUCAUCCCAGGACGAUGCACAUAACAAUCCCUGCGGCCUACAGAUCGGGCAUCACGCUCUUUGCCCAAGUAGAGACAGAUCUGGCAAAAGAACUCCUCGAAGCUCCUGAACUCCCUUUGUUACCAAGUGAGAAGCAAACGACCACGAGCGAGUGCCGGUUUAGUGGUUUUGUGCUCUGUUUGCUGACCGCGUGCCCCCCCCGCCAGCACGAGGCUUCCGUGAGCAUCUCUGGCUCAUAUUGGAUGCACGUGGCGCUGGGUGGCGUGACCAGUAUUGCAGCGUCGCGGGACGGUCAGUCAGGCUGCAGUUUCUCCGGCUUCACACGGACACACAAACGCACAGGAGCCAUGGCAGAGCGAGUGCUGGUGGUGGGCGGCGGCGGACGGGAGCACGCGCUGGCGUGGAAGCUGGCCCAGUCUCCACGCGUCCAGCAGGUCCUGGUGGCCCCGGGGAACGCCGGCACGGCCAGCUGUGGCAAGAUCUGCAACUCUGAGGUGUCGGUCAGCAACCACGCCAUCUUGGCUCAGUUCUGUAAGGACCACCACGUGGGGCUGGUCCUGGUGGGGCCCGAGGCGCCGCUGGCCGCAGGUAUGGUGGACGACCUCACGGCCGCAGGAGUGCCUUGCUUCGGACCCUCGGCCAAAGCGGCUCAGUUGGAGGCCAGCAAGAGCUUCUCCAAGGCCUUCAUGCAGCGCCACGGCAUCCCCACGGCUCGCUACGGCUCCUUCACCGACCCGCAGGAGGCCUGCCGCUACAUCCGCACGGCCGACUUUCCAGCUCUGGUGGUGAAGGCCAGCGGUCUAGCAGCGGGGAAGGGAGUGAUCGUGGCACGGGACCAAGAGGAGGCCUGUCGGGCAGUGAUGGACAUGAUGAAGGAUGGAGCCUUUGGGUCGGCUGGGGAGACGGUGGUGGUGGAGGAGCUUCUGGAUGGGGAGGAAGUGUCGUGUCUGUGCUUUAGUGACGGCACCUCCGUGUGUGCGAUGCCUCCGGCGCAGGACCACAAACGCCUGCGGGACGGCGACCUGGGCCCCAACACGGGCGGCAUGGGCGCCUACUGCCCCACCCCUCAGGUGAGCGUGGAGCUGCUGCAGCAGAUCAGAGAGCAGGUCCUGCAGAAGACGGUGGAUGGGAUGAGGGAGGAGGGAACGCCUUACGCGUGCUGUAUGCUGGCCUGAUGCUGACCGCGCAGGGGCCAAAGGUUCUGGAGUUCAACUGCCGCUUUGGGGACCCCGAGUGUCAGGUGCUGCUGCCUCUGUUGCGCAGCGACCUGUACGAGGUGAUUCUGAACACGAUGACCGGUAAACUGGCCUGCAGCGCCCCCGUGUGGCAGCAGGACAGCUCGGCGGUCACGGUGGUGAUGGCCAGCGCCGGAUACCCCGGCUCCUACCAGAAGGGAGUUCCGCUCACAGGCUUGUCCCAGCUCCAGGAGAUGGGGCUGCAGGUGUUCCAUGCGGGCACCGCCCUGAAGGGAGGGGGCGUGGUGUCCAGCGGCGGAAGAGUUCUGACCGUCACGGCGGUCCGGCCAUCACUGGAAACAGCCCUGCAGGCAGCCAAUGAGGGCGUGGCAGCCGUGGGGUUCCCGGGCGCCGUGUUCCGACGAGACAUCGGCCACCGGGCCAUCUCCCACCUGACCCGGCAUAGCAGGGGUCUGAGCUAUAAGGACAGCGGCGUGGACAUCGCCGCCGGCAACCAGCUGGUGGAAAUCAUCAAGCCUCUGGCAAAGGCCACUUCCCGCUCUGGGUGUAAUGCAGAACUGGGAGGCUUUGCUGGGCUGUUUGACCUGAAGGCAGCAGGGUUUGUGGACCCAAUCCUGGUAUCUGGGACAGAUGGAGUCGGGACCAAGCUGAAGAUCGCUCAGGCGUGUGGGCAGCACGGAGGCCUGGGUCAGGACCUGGUAGCCAUGUGUGUGAACGACGUGUUGGCCCAGGGGGCCGAGCCGCUCUUUUUCCUGGACUACUUCUCCUGCGGCCGCCUGGAUGUGGACGUGGCCGCGUCGGUGGUCGGCGGCGUGGCUAAGGCCUGCGAGAUGGCUGGCUGCGCCCUACUGGGCGGAGAGACGGCAGAGAUGCCGGGCGUGUACGCGGCGGGCGAGUACGACCUGGCCGGGUUCUGCGUGGGCGCGGCGGAGCGGCGGGCCCUGCUGCCCCGGCUGCAGGACGUGGCCGAGGGGGACCUGCUGCUGGGCGUGUCCUCCUCCGGAGUCCACAGCAACGGCUUCAGUCUGGUGCGCAAAGUGCUGGAGAGGACUGGCCUCAGCUACAGCUCCCCGGCUCCUUUUGGCACACCGGGACAGAGCGUUGGGCAAGCUCUGCUCACUCCUACAAAGAUCUACAGCCGCCUGCUGCUGCCCGUCCUUCGCGGCGGCGCGGUGAAAGCCUGCGCUCACAUCACGGGGGGGGGGCUGCUGGAGAACAUUCCUCGGGUGCUACCGCAGGAGCUGGCUGUGGACUUGGACGCGUCCCGCUGGCGCAUCCCUCCAGUGUUUUCCUGGCUGCACAAAGAGGGCGGUCUGAGUGAGGAGGAGAUGGCCCGUACCUUCAACUGCGGCCUGGGGGCAGUGCUGGUGGUGGCCCCAGCCGACGCUCAGAGAGUCCAGCGGCACAUUGAAGGCCAGGAAGCCGUGUGGACGGUGGGCUGUGUGCGGCGCAGGCAGCCAGGGUCAGAAGCUGUGGUGGUCAGCAAUCUGAAACAAAGCCUGUUCAAUGCCGGGGGAGAUUCGGGUUUGGAACCAAACGGUAGUGGCCAAGGCGACAGGAUUGAGCCGCGCAGGAGGACCCGAGUAGGAGUUCUCAUCUCUGGCACAGGCACAAACCUACAGGCCCUCAUAGAGCAGGCCAAGUGUCCAAACAGCUCGGCCGAGAUUGUGUUGGUCAUCUCCAACAGGCCCGGAGUGCAGGGCCUGAAGAGAGCAUCGCUGGCUGGAAUCCAGACGCGGGU